CUGGUUGGAUUCUUAUAAAGACCGCCGUCCGCCUCCCCUCCACAAAUUUCAUCUCCAUCCGCUCGGUCAAGGACCAAUACACAGUCUUCAACUCUCGUUUUCAUCCGAUCAGAGAAAUCGAGGAGAUGUCUAGCCUCAUCAAAACUAUACUUGGGGUGACCACCGCGGUGGCUACUCUCACCCAAACAAUCACCAACGGCGCGUCCCUAUGGGGAACCCUUGAUUGUCCAACGUUCCCCAAGUUCCUCACGAACAAUCCGUUGCCCCUCGGAUAUCCAUGGGGUGGUCUCACUGCGAACGGCUCGAAUCCGUACACGCAGGCACCUCUGACCGGAGUUGUGCGAAAGUACACUUUCAACGUCGCCCGCACAACUCUGGCUCCGGACGGCGUUGACAAGGACAUGAUUGUCGUCAAUGGCCAGUUCCCCGGCCCCGUCAUCGAGGCCAACUGGGGUGAUUGGAUUGAAGUAACUGUCAACAACAACCUCGAGGAUGAAGGUACCUCUCUGCACUGGCACGGGCUUCUUCAGACUGCGACUCCUUGGUUUGACGGUGUUCCCUCUGUUCAGCAAUGUCCUAUUGCCCCCGGCGCUUCUUUCACUUACCGUUUCCGUGCUGAUCUCUAUGGCUCAUCUUGGUGGCAUUCGCAUUACUCUGGACAAUAUGCUGGUGGCCUGUUGGGCCCCAUGAUCAUCCACGGACCUAAUCACCUUAAGGGUAGCGAAGACUACGACGUCGACAUUGGCCCCGUCUUCCUCACGGAUUGGUACCACCGCGAGUACUUUGAUAUCGUAAAGGAUAUCAUGAGCACCGACAUUGUCACUGUCCUAGCUGCAGGCGCCUCGCAGAACAACCUGAUCAACGGCAAGAUGAACUACAACUGUUCUCUAACCACCCAGGCUUGCAAGGAGAACGCCGGUAUCAGCAAGUUCAGCUUCGAGACGGGAAAGAAGCACCGCCUGCGCCUCAUAAACGCGGGUGCCGAGGGCCAGCAGAAGUUCUCGAUCGACGGGCACAACCUGACCGUCAUCGCCCACGACUUUGUCCCCGUCACGCCCUACACCGUCAACAUGGUCUCGCUCGGCAUCGGUCAGCGAGUCGAUGUCGUCGUCACCGCCAACGGACCCGCCACUGGAUCCUACUUCAUGCGUUCCUCGAUCCAGACCGGCUGCACGCCUUCCAACCAGCCCGACGCCUUGGCCGUGAUCUACUACCCCAGCGCCGACACGACCAAGCUUCCCACCUCGACCGCGCAGACGGACACCCUCAGCGACUGCACGGAAGCGAACUACCCACUAGAAGACACCACUCCGAUCUUCACGAUCACGCCCGCCACCGAGCCGGAGAUCACCCACGAGAUCGACAUCACCUUCGGCCAGAACGAGACCGGACACUGGUUGUGGAUGAUGAACGACGUCUCUUUCCGUGCCAACUUCAACGCGCCCGUCCUGCUGCUCGCCCACGCCGGAAACACCAGCUUCCCUGAGAACUGGAACGUCUACAACGGCGGAACCGCUAAGACUAUCCGUGUCAUCCUGAACAACCGCUCCGGAGUCAGGCAUCCCAUGCAUCUGCACGGCCACAACAUGUUCGAGCUCUCGUCCGGCGACGGAGAUUGGGACGGCACGGUGACCAACCCGACCAACCCGGCACGUCGCGACACGCACGUCAUCCGCGGCAAUGGCCACUUCGUCUUCCAGUACGACGCCGACAACCCCGGUGUCUGGCCCUUCCACUGCCACAUCGCCUGGCACGUGUCCGGCGGCCUCUACGUCAACCUCAUGGAGCGCCCCGACGACAUCAAGGACCACAUGCAGAUCCCGCAGAUCAUGGCCCAGACCUGCCGUGACUGGGCUACUUACACCAACGGAACCGUAAUCGAGCAGAUCGAUUCCGGAUUGUAAUCGCAGCAAACAAAAAAAAACUACAUACUAGUUGAAUAGUAAUGGAUGGGAUUGGUGUUUGGGAUCGGAUUAUUGUUUAAUGGAUACGCAUAGUAUGGUGCAUAUUUUUGGUUAUAGUUAUGGUCAUGGUUGUGGUUACGAGAUGCAUUCAGUGUUUUACGUGGGAUAUCGCUCUACCUACCUAGGCUACAUGGGGGAAGGGGAGAGGGGAAGGGCGAUUGGGGCUGUAAUGUAGUCGUAUUUAAGAAGUAUGCAUUGCCCGAU